ACAUCUUAUCCUGCUGAACACAAAAAAUUAAAUGGGUUUCAAUUUGAUAGGGAGCUCCAUUUUUGCAAUGAUUUUCAUAAUUGGUGUGACUGAAGCUACAAAUUACACGGUUGGUGACAGCUUCGGAUGGAGCGUUCCCAGCAGCAAGAGUUUCUAUACAGACUGGGCUAGCACCAAGAAAUUCUUCGUUGGUGACAAUCUUAUUUUCAACUGGAACGGGAAUCAUUCGAUAAAAAUUACGAUGAAGACUAUUGACUACGAGAGUUGCAAUUCCAGCUGGUUUGAUGCUCUCACGUACCUGGUCACAAAAAAUGGGACGGCUAUGUCUAUACAUACUAUUGAUGCUCCAAUUGGGUAUCGCUACUUUUACUGCAUCGUUGGUAAUCACUGUGAAUUAGGUCAGAAGUUUAGUAUCAACGUUCAGUCUCAUUCUGGUUCUUCUCCUGCUCCUGCUCCUGCACCCUCUUUCGGAAUCUUAUCUGCAUUUUUGUCUAGCUUGGCUGUGUAUUUCUUCACCCUUACCCGGUAGUUAGUUACUUUGACUGUGACUUGGAUGGUUGCAUUCUUUUGAUCUUAUAGGCUUGUUGGUUUUUUUUUCUCUUUUCUUGCUUUACAAUGAUUAUAUCAAUGUUCUAACCUAUGAUCUCAUGCAUAUUAUCUCAACCUCCCACCACUAGGUUAAUCCCAAUGGUUAGGCUUGUUGGGUUGUUUGUCAUUCAAUAAAUGUUGUAUUGUUUUUUAUUUUUAAGAAAAAUAAAUAAAUAAAUGUUGCACUACUACCUGCAACAUAUUAUAA